CCGGGUUAUCGCUGUAAUAUCACGAACGGUGUCGAGAAAGAUUAUAUUCAUCGUCGUAUUGUUCGUUCAGUUUCUUACAGUCUCUUAAAUCGUUGAUUAUUAAUUCUCAUUACUUUAUCAUGUCGGACACUGCUGGAAAGGUAAUUAAAUGCAAAGCUGCUGUAGCGUGGAAGGAAAAGCAACCUCUCUCGAUCGAGGAAGUUGAGGUAGCUCCACCAAAGGCUCACGAAAUCAGAAUUAAAGUUGUUGCUGUAGCUUUGUGUCAUACUGAUGCUUAUACCUUAGAUGGUUUGGAUCCAGAAGGAAUUUUCCCAUGUAUUCUUGGUCAUGAAGGCAGUGGCAUCGUUGAAAGUGUUGGUGAUGGAGUUGCAGAAUUUCAACCGGGCGAUCAUGUGAUUCCAUUGUAUAUUCCUCAAUGUGGGGAUUGCAAAUUUUGCAAAUCUCCAAAGACGAAUUUGUGCAGCAAGAUACGUGUAACACAAGGAAAGGGUGUUAUGCCUGAUGGUACUUCUCGGUUCACUUGCAAGGGUCAGACAAUUUCUCACUUUAUGGGUUGUUCUACUUUCUCUGAAUAUACAGUGGUAGCUGAUAUUUCUCUUGCUAAGAUUGACCCCAAUGCACCAUUCGAUAAAGUAUGUUUGCUGGGUUGUGGAGUGCCUACUGGGUAUGGUGCUGCCCUUAACACGGCCAAAGUAGAACCUGACAGUACAUGUGCCAUAUGGGGAUUAGGUGCAGUUGGGUUGGCAGUUGCACUGGGUUGCAAAAAGGCUGGUGCAAAACGCAUUAUUGGGGUAGAUGUAAAUCCAAGUAAAUUUGAGCUUGCUAAAACAUUUGGAUGCACUGAACUCAUUAAUCCCAAGGAUUAUAAUAAACCAAUUCAGGAAGUUCUGGUAGAAUUAACUGAUGGUGGAUUAGAUUAUAGUUUUGAGUGUAUUGGCAAUGUUAACACUAUGAGAGCUGCUUUAGAAUCCUGUCAUAAAGGCUGGGGUACAUCUGUUAUUGUGGGUGUGGCUGCAGCAGGUCAGGAGAUCAGUACAUAUCCAUUCCAGUUGGUAACAGGACGUGUAUGGAAGGGAACUGCAUUUGGUGGUUGGAAAUCCAAAGAAAGUGUACCCAAAUUUGUACAGGAAUACAUGUCAAAAUCUCUGAUGCUUGAUGAGUUCAUUACACAUACUCUUCCGUUCGAGAAGAUUAACGAAGGAUUCGAUUUAUUGCACUCAGGAGCUUGCUUGAGAGCAGUGCUUAAAUACUAAAAGGGAGUAUACAAAGUGAUUCAGCACCGGUUUUCAUACGAUUCCUUUUGAAAUAUGGUUGCAAUAUCUAUUUUUUUGUAAGAAUAUUUAAAUAAAGAUAAUAUAUUCCUAGAUAUAUUCCAGUUUGGUGUAUUUGGAAGGAAAGAAGUGCAGAGAACCAUAUAAUGCCCGGAUUUCUACAACAAUCUUUAUUCAUAAAGAAUUCUUACAGCCACAUGUACAAUACCAGUUUGGUGAAAUAUCAAUAGUAGCUUCGGAAUGAAGUAAAAAUUCUUUAUGCUUCGACCAGGUGCAUACCUUACAAAAAAUCAUCACGUUACGAAGAUCAUAGACGAUGAUUUUCUCCAUUGUAUAUAAUUAUGUAUAUACAAUAUGCAAGACGACGACGUUCUCGGUAAAACUAUCGUAUGGUUGCGUUCGAGUUAUGCUCGGUUAAUCUAGAUAUCGACGGUAAUGAAUUCAGGCGGAAAUAGAAAUUGCACUCACAGUAGCAAAGAGAGUGUACGCGUUUCCAGUGAAUGUACUAAUCGCGGACCAAUGUUCAGCCAAAUUCAAUAUGGCGCCGAAUGGAUAUUUCUAUGAAUCCUUACUCUAUCACUAGACUGCGGAUUUUAUGCACUUGUUACAUAUUCAAAACAUUAUAAAGUAAGAAAAUCAAUGAAGUUUCUUAUUCGAAUCGAAUAGGGGAGUUAAGAAGCUGACUGUCGGAUCACUCGUACACAGGCGACAGAGCCUUGAGUUCUGUUUAAAAUAUUCACUCUUACGACGAGACCUGUAAUUGAAACGAAUUUAAAAACUUAAGUAUAUUGCAACUAUUUAUAGACAUUACUCUGACAGUCAGCUUGUUAAUUGGGACAAUAAGUUUCUGUGUACAUUAAUCUACGAAACUUUGAAUUUUUCGCAUUAAACGUCCGUAGCCUGUUUG